CAGGAGAUGAAGAAAGUGAAGGCAGCCAGGUGAAUCAGACAUGCACUUGUCAUGCGCACGGUGUUCCGACAGUGGCGAGAAGGAAGCAAGUGAGGAGACAUGAUUGGACACAGGAUGUUGAGGUGUUGGAAUCUUCCAGAGGGCACAUUGGAGGGAGGAUGCUGCAUGGAUGGGAGCUCCUCGACUUUGCACCCCAUCCCCAAAAAAGCCCUCUGUGUCAGUCUCCUAGCCUCUCUGCUACUGAUCCUUCUGGCUCUUGGUUUGACCGGACACCUUCGGUUGCCUCAAAAACACUUGCAGUCUUCACAGGCUGUUCGAUUCACUGCCUCAGACCCAAAUGGGAUUCUGUUCCUCAACCAGUCGGCAGUUGUAGACCAGGAGAAUGGCCUGGUGACCUUUACUGUGACCACAGGAGUGAAUCAAACAUCCACUGUGCUCUUUGAUACCAAACAUGGAAUAAUAUGUUACCAUCCAGCAUACCAGGAGAGGUGCUUGCUGUGGACAAUGGAAACAUCUGAUUAUGACAAUGUACGCUCCCUACUUCAAGCGUCAGCACACCAGCAGAGUCAGUUCCAGCUCUCUGUGAACGAGACCCAGAGGCGCACAGAGUUCUUUGGGGUCCUGGCUGCGAGUCAGGCAGAUAUCUCCACCUUGGAGGAGCCCAUCAGGCUCUUGUGUCGGGGUAGGACCAUCCACUGGACCAAGAGAGCUGAAGGGCCAGGCAGACAGAGGCUGGUCUAUUUCUGCAUUGACAUCUGCUUUCCCAAUAACAUCUGCAUGUCAGUUUGCUUUUACUACUUACCAGAGUAAUUCACUCUUUAGAAAUCAUGUUAUAAAGGUUGACAGUUUUUCUUUUAGCUCAUCCCACAAGACUAGUGGCACAAGCCAAAAACUGUCAGUUCUUUUAAGAGAUUAUUGAAACCUCCCUUUCUGGCAUCCCCUCUGCACUUGUACCAACAACCGGUGUAAUGACAGUGUUGUUCA